AUGAUUGGGGAUCGGGGACCCCAGACGACCUCACAUCACCGGUCGACGAAGCCGAUGAGGGAUGGAAGCCGCAACAAGAAUGUGCACAAGACAGCUGUGAGAUUUGGAAGCUCAAGAAGACACAGUGACUUGGACAACAUCACCGAAGAAUCCUCGCAACAAGAAGAUCAUGACCAGCAUCGGUACAUUAAUCACUAUUCUGGACUCAAAAAGAAGCAGCAGGAGCAGGAGCAGGAGGAAGCUGAUUGGGGACGCAGUCGAGGACCCACAUCUGAUCGUGAUACUCGUGAUCAGACCGUUUGA